GGCCGCAAAGCGCAGACCGGAACCAACAUGAGCCGUCCCGCGAUGCAAGCCCUCGCCGCCGUCGUUGCUGCUCUCGCCCUUGUCGCCACCGCCGACGCGGCAGCUUUGUUCGGCGGAGAUGUGCCGACCUGUCCCGAGCCCUGGGGUGUCCAGGCCUACCCCCACCCGGAGGACUGCGGCUCGUUCUUCCUCUGCACCAACGGAACCCUCAGUCUCGAGCACUGCGAGAACGGCCUGCUCUUCGACGGCAAAGGCGCCGUGCACAACCACUGCAACUACAACUGGGCCGUCCACUGCGGACACCGCAAGGCUGACCUGACUCCGUUGAGCUCGCCCGGUUGCGAGUACCAGUUCGGCAUCUACCCCGACAGCGACUCCUGCAGCACGACGUACAUCAAGUGCGCCUACGGCGAGCCUCACCAGGCCCACUGCGACGCCGGACUGGCCUACGACGACAAGAGCCACACCUGCGUCUGGCCCGACCAGCUGAUACCCUACUGCAACCCCGAGGCCGUCGUCGGCUUCAAGUGUCCGGCUAAGCCGCCCACUGGAGCUGCCGCUAGAUUCUGGCCGUUCCCCAGGUUCCCCGUGCCCGGCGACUGCGGACGUCUCAUCACCUGCGUCGAGGGUCAUCCCCGUCUCAUCACCUGCGGCGAGGACAAGCUCUUCGAUUCCGAGACUCUCAGCUGUCUCGACAAGGACGAGCUUCCUCACUGCGCAUAAUCAUUCAAUGGACGAUGAGCAUCAGGAGGAGUCUUUCGAGUAUACGAGAGAAGGCGGGAGGACGAGGCGAAGUCGUUAGUUUGUUUUAUUCUGUUUUCGAGCUUUGGUACCUGCGGUUAAACACAUUCGUGAAUAAAUAUGAUAAUCAAAACGUUGACAACCUUUUGUGAUCGUUCCGUAUACGUGUUUUGUUGAUCUUGUGCGUGUAUAUGAAAAAACAAAACGUUGGAUAUUAUAAGUACAUAAACGAGUACAAAAACGUCGAUUGUAAUAAAGAGGAAAGAAGAUAAUAAUACGUGACUCGUAUUACGUGUCUUAUUUUUAUGUAAAAAAAAUACAUUAUUUCACUUUAUUUUCAGAAGAAAAGAAAUUCUACGGCACAAUAUAACGUACAAUAAUGUUUGUUUUAUCGUCCUUAAUCAUCGUGUGUUUGUGUGUUUGUUUGCCUUUUCUUCGUUCUACAAGGUAUAUAGGAUAAGAAGAAGAGGACAGAGAAAAAAUAUAGUAUUUACAUUUCGACAGACGAACUUUACAGUAGUACAAGGACUUUUUAGAAGGACUUUUGGUCUCGACGUAUGACAUAACUCAAUUGUACCGCUUGUGUAUAGUUUCGACGCUCUCGUUGUUACACCAAGUAUAUAUAAAUCAUAUACGUAAAAUAGGGGAUCCUCGAUCUCAGGUUCACGAUAAACUCUAAUAAUACAAAUAAUAUAAUAAUAAUAAUAAUAAAAUAAUAAUAAUAACGAAA